AUGGAAGUGGAUGUUCUGAGCACACCAAAGCCAAACUGGCUAGAACUUCCUAGAGACAUAACAAUGAACAUACUGCAGAGACUUUGUACACUUGAUAUAGUUACAAGUGCAUCUGUUGUGUGCCCUCUUUGGUGGAACAUUUGCAAGGAACCUCUCAUGUGGUCCACCAUUGACAUGAUUACCGGUAUCUCCAUGGACAUGAUCACCGAUCUCUCUCAGUCAGAUUCUUAUUACUUUGAAUAUUAUAGAAGAUUAGAGAGGAUUUGUCGCUAUGCUGUUGAUAGAAGUUGUGGUCAUCUCAAAGAAAUUUAUAUUAAGAAAUUUGGUACAGAUGAUCUCCUGAUUCAUAUAGCUAAAAGUGCCAGUCACCUAAGAUCCAUAAGGCUUGAAAAAUGCUAUGACAUUUCAACUGCAGCAUUCAAUGAAGUUGUGAAGAAUCAGCCAUUCUUAGAAGAGCUUGACAUUUUUCAUUGUUAUGAUUAUGACCAAAGUACCGAUUUUUUUGAGUUUAUCGGCCAUAGUUGUCCACUAUUGAAAUCACUGAAAUUUAGUCCUCGUAUUGAGAAAGUAGGUGAUGAUAAAUGUGACGAUCUAGCCCUUGCUAUUGCUAAAACAAUGUCUAAGCUCCGGCACCUUUCAAUUUUGAAUAACGAACUCACCAACAAUGGAUUACUAGCUAUUCUAGAUGGAUGUCCUCUUCUUGAAUCUCUCGACAUUCGAGGAUGUCUUUAUGUUGAUUUGGAUGGAAGUUUGGGGGAAAGAUGCAGUGCGCAGAUCAAAGAAUUACGUUUUCCUAAUUCAUAUUCAGCCAAAUGA